AUGGCUAAACAUCAUCCAGAUUUGAUUUUCUGUCGAAAGCAGCCGGGUGUCGCAAUUGGGCGACUUUGUGAGAAAUGUGAUGGUCGCUGCGUGAUUUGCGAUUCGUACGUGCGCCCGUGCACUCUUGUGCGAAUCUGCGACGAAUGCAACUAUGGAUCCUAUCAAGGACGUUGUGUGAUCUGCGGUGGAGCUGGCGUCAGCGACGCCUACUACUGCAAAGAAUGCACCAUUCAGGAGAAGGAUCGUGACGGCUGUCCGAAAAUCGUGAACUUGGGAAGCGCAAAAACGGACUUGUUCUACGAGCGCAAGAAAUACGGGUUUAAAAAAUCCUAG